AUGGAGGACACGUACAAUAACAGGACUUCACUGGUUAAGGGGGCCACAGACAUGGUCAAGGAGGUGAAGCAGCAUGCAAAAAAGAAGGUCAACAAGGCCGUGGACCGAGCAACAGACGAGUACUCAACUCACCGCAACUACAGCCGAUUCCAUGAUGAAGAGGACGACGAUGAGGAUUUCUACCGGAACCCCCCGAGACAGGACGGACAGGGCUACCAUGACAACGAGGAGGGCUCCAGUGACGCCACGGAGGGCCACGAUGACGAGGACGAGAUCUACGAGGGCGAGUACCAGGGGAUUCCUGCGGCCGGAGACAAGAAGCAUAAGGAGGGCCAGGUGGCUCUGGGACAGCCGGUGUCGGACGCCACGAGGGACCGUCACGAGCUGGAGCAGGAGAGGCAGGCGGACGAGGAGGAGCUGGCCCAGCAGUACGAGCUGAUCAUCCAGGAGUGCGGCCACGGGAGGUUCCAGUGGCAGCUGUUCCUGGUGCUCGGGCUGGCGCUGAUGUCCGACGGGGUGGAGGUGUUCGUCGUGGGCUUUGUGCUGCCCAGUGCGGAGACGGACAUGUGCGUGCCCAACUCCAGCUCGGGGUGGCUCGGCAGCGUUGUUUACCUCGGGAUGAUGUUCGGAGCUUUCUUCUGGGGAGGAAUGUCUGAUAAAGUGGGCCGCAGACAAUGCCUCCUAAUUUGCAUGUCUACAAAUGGCUUUUUUGCCUUCCUGUCAUCGUUUGUCCAGGGAUACGGCUUCUUCUUACUCUGCCGUCUCGCCGCGGGCUUCGGGAUAGGAGGCGCCGUGCCAAUUGUUUUCUCCUUCUUUGCGGAGGUGCUGUCCAGAGAAAAGCGAGGAGAGCAUCUGAGCUGGCUCUGCAUGUUCUGGAUGAUCGGGGAGAUCUAUGCAUCCGCCAUGGCCUGGGCCAUCAUCCCACAUUAUGGCUGGAGCUUCAGUAUGGGCUCAGCGUACCAGUUUCACAGUUGGAGGGUGUUUGUGGUGGUCUGCGCCCUGCCCUGCGUCUGCGCUGUGGUGGCUCUUACCUUCAUGCCUGAAAGUCCCAGAUUUUACCUCGAGGUGGGGAAACAUGAUGAAGCCUGGAUGAUCCUCAAGCAGAUCCACGACACCAACAUGAGAGCGCGUGGGCAGCCGGAGAAAGUCUUCACCGUGAACAGGAUCAAAAUCCCCAAACAGCUGGACGAGCUGGUUGAAAUGGAGUCAGAGUCGGGCAAUCCAGUGUCCAGGGCUUUCUUUAGGAUAAAGGCUGAGAUACAUGGGAUUUAUCUGAACUUGAUGAAGUGCUUCAACUAUCCCAUGCAAGAGAACAUGAUGCGUCUGGCCAUAGUCUGGUUUACGCUCUCAUUCGGGUACUACGGCCUGUCUGUCUGGUUCCCCGAUGUUAUCAAACACCUGCAGGCAGACGAAUACGCCUCAAAAGUGAAGAUCCACACCAACGAAAGUAUUGAAGGCUUCACCUUCAACUUCACGCUGGAGAACCAGAUCCACAAAAAUGGCCUCUUCAUUAAUGACCACUUCGUCAACAUGAAGCUGAAGUCCGUCACCUUCAUCGACUCCACUUUUCGAAACUGCUACUUUGACGACGUGACGUCGGUGGGCUCCUUGUUCCGAAACUGUACUUUCAUUGAUGUAUUUUUCUUCAACACGGAUAUUGAUGACUCCAAGUUGGUCGACGGCACGGAGGUGAUCAACAGCACCUUUACCCACAACAAGACGGGAUGUCAGAUGACGUUCGACGACGAUUACAGCGCUUACUGGGUCUACUUCAUCAACUUCCUGGGGACGCUGGCUGUUCUCCCCGGCAACAUCGUGUCGGCCCUCCUCAUGGACAAAAUCGGCCGUCUGUCCAUGCUUGGCGGCUCCAUGGUCCUGUCAGGCAUCAGCUGCUUCUUCCUGUGGUUCGGCACGAGCGAGUCCAUGAUGAUUUUCAUGUUGUGCCUUUACAACGGCCUGAGCAUCUCCGCCUGGAACUCCCUGGACGUGGUCACCACCGAGUCCUUCCCUACGGUCAGGAGGGGGACGGGCUUCGGGUUCUGCAAUGCUCUUUGCAAACUGGCCGCAGUUUUGGGAAACCUGAUCUUCGGCUCCCUUGUGGGCAUCACCAAGGCCAUCCCGAUCCUCAUGGCCUCGUCUGUGCUCGUUGGAGGAGGCCUGGUUGGACUGCGGUUACCCGACACCCGGGCAAACGUCCUCAUGUAACUGCGGCGUAGUGUUUUCUCCUGGGGUAGAAUCUAGAACGGGAGAGUCCUGAAGGACGCCCUGCAAGCAUUUAGAGUCAGGAGUGCAAGCGGCUUGGUUCAUGCACAUCUUAAUACUAUUAAUAAUAACAUUUCACUAACAGACCAUAGUUAAAUCAAGGUAGCAGACCACCCUUGAACACCCUGUGUAUUUCACUUUGCCCAUACAAAUCAGAUCCUUGUGAGGCAUCGAUGCGGUCAGAAUCUGCUCGGGUUUCAGUGCUGAGU